GUGCUUUUUUAUUUGAUGAGUGUGUCUUCUUUUUAAAGUUGAUCAGUGCUCUCCUUCUGUUUUUCUCAAUGAGGGUGAUAGUUUCUUCAUUAGUAUAGAUCUCAGUAUAUUUUCUCAUGAAUGCCUCUUUUAUUGUUUUUAUAAUGAAUGUUGAUGUCAGUGUUGUUUCCUUAUCAGUGCAGAUCUUGGUGUUUUUUAUUAUUAUUAUUAUUAUUUUGGUAUAAUUAUUGUAGAUCUCAGUGUUGAUCUCCCAGACAGACAUUUUGAAAAUGGAGUAGUGGUGGUUGUUGUUGUUGGGGAUGAUGUUGCCCAUCCAUGGUGAUUAGUUGCAGUUUUGUUUUUGUGUGUAAUAUUUCCCCUGGAGGGGUUUAGUGUGAUGAGUUGGGGGUCUGUAUAUUUUGGGGGGGAUACAUAAAAAAACAAAAAAAAAACAAUAAAAUGAAUAGCAGUAAAGAUCUGAUGACGUAGCAAACAAAGUUCAGCCAGCUCCAGACAAACCCUCCCGACAGCCCCGGUGGGUGACCCCACUUUGGCAAGCCGCCGUUUAAAAUCACGGGGGGCCACGGGCUCGCGGGACCCCUUUUUAGAAAGCUGAGGGUCUCCUCUUUCGUUUGCACCCGGUGCGGAGUUUGUCGGUGCCGGCGAUCGCGAGCUAGAGGGCCGGGAAUGGUCGGUGCGGCGCCGGGCGCCUGGCUGUUGCUCGCAGAGUAGUGGGGAGCUGAGUCUCCAGCCAGAACGAGACGCAGCAGAGAGGAGACGAGGGCGCAGAGCGGCUCUCCCCUCCGCCGACAAGAUGAGCGAUCCCGGGCCCCUGGAGGCUCCGGCUGCCCCGGCUGAAGGAAUGACAGUGAAGCUGAAGAGUGGGGAGGAAGGGUUGAAGAAGCCAAACAAGAGAGAAGCUGAGGAGGAGGAAGAGGAGGCUGCAGGAGAAGUGGAAGAGCCGGCACCGAAAGAAGGGGAGCCCCUCAUCCCCAGCACCCCACAACAGGAGGCCCUGACCCCCAAGGGCCCGCAAGACCAGCACCACUUCCUGAGGUCCAGCGUUCGGCCCCACAGCAAACGCCAGAGGAGAGACUCCUGCAGCAACGGGAAAGCCACCGCCACCAACGCCGCCGCUACCACCACCACCGCCGCCAAGAGCAAAGGAUUGGACAAUGCCACUCCGUCCUCACCAAGCUGUUCUACCGGAGCAACUCCCAGUGCGACCAAAACCUCUAACCGAAAUACAGCGCCAACUGCCGGCGAGAAAGAUGAGGGCAACAAGAAAAAGGUUCGGAGACAGUGGGAGUCCUGGAGCACAGAGGACAAAAACACCUUCUUUGAGGCCCUUUAUGAACACGGGAAGGAUUUUGAAGCCAUUCAGAACAACAUUGCCCUCAAGUACAAGAAGAAAGCCAAGCCAGUCAGCAUGGUGAAGAACAAGGAGCAAGUGCGCCACUUCUACUACAGAACAUGGCACAAAAUCUCCAAGUACAUUGACUUCAACAAUGUGUUUUCUUGUGGUCUUAAGAAGUCAUCACAGGAGCUUUACGGCCUCAUCUGUUAUGGGGAGCUACGGAAAAAAAUUGGCGGAUGCAUGGAUGAUAAGAACGCCGCCAAGCUGAAUGAGCUGAUCCAGUUAGGGGCAACUACUGUGCGGUUCAAGGGAAGGAACUUGCGAAUUAAGGCUCCUAUGUGCCGAGCGUUGAAGAAACUUUGUGACCCUGAAGGAAAGACAGGUCUGAGUGAUGAAGAGGAUCAGAAACCAGUGCGAUUGCCUCUGAAGGUACCUGUAGAACUUCAGCCAAGGAGUAACCAGGCAUGGGCACGUGUACAGAGCCUGGCACAGAAUCCACGCCUCAGGAUGAUAGUAGAGCUGCACAGAAAAGUCUCCAGCCUCAUAGAGUUCCUGAAACAAAAGUGGUCACUGCAGGAGGUCCGAGUUAGGAAAUCCCUAGAGGAUCCACAGCUGGCUGAGGUGGAGGACUCCAAAGAGGACUUGUGCCUAUUCCCACCAGAAUUGGCACAGUUGUCAUCUUUACCAGGUGUGGCUAGAGUGGUUCACUCCAAAGCUUACUGUACUGUCCAUUGGCAAGAGUCUGGCAAGUGCAAACAAAGCUCCAAGGAUAUACUCCUGCCACCUGCUCAGAUUUUAGGAAUCCAGACUGGACAAGGGACGGCACGGGUGCAGCUAAAGUGCCCACGUGGCAGUACGGACACUAAACAAGCAAACAAAAUGGAAACGACAAGCAGUGCUACAGCAGACAGGACCCCAACAAUAGAAAAUGGCCCUGGAGAGAACAUUGCUUCUGAAGGGGUGCCAGAUGGUCCAAAGACCCCUGAUGAAGCCCCUCCAGAAAACAUGGAUAUGCCAGUCAAUCCAGACACACCGUGUGAAGUGUCCAGCAGUGAGCUGCCAUUUGUGGAUGAACUGUCGAUAAAUGACCCUUUUCCUCGUUAUUUGAAGUCUUGUCAAGAUCUCAUUGUUCCGGAAGGAAGCCCUUCAACAGCAAAUGCUGUGCUAAGUCCCCCCAUAUCUCCCAGUACAAAUCCCAAAAGCUCUGACCAGGCAGCUUCUCCCAGCCAGGAAAAGGCUGAUGUUCAGACCGCAAACCCCCAGCAGGAGAAUUGCACUACACAACCGUCAGGAACGACGGACUCUCAGGUGAAGGAGCAGAGUGGCUCGUCCAAAGCUCCCAAAGACAACUCUAACCAGCUCACUGAGCAGCUACGUCAGGAAGGCUGGAACCAACGCACUUCAGAAAACCUGACUCUAGCUGAGGUCUACCUCAUGUUGGGAAAGCCAGGCAAGUUACAGCUGGAGUACGAGUGGAUGGAUCCGAACAAUUCUGAUGAUCCUGAAUGCCCACUGCGCCACAAACAGAGACUCCUCAAUUGUCUUUUAAGACUCAUUGCUACAGAAGCGAACCCUAAAACUUCCUCGCAGACACCAGAGACCUCCUCUGUUGCCACCUCCAUCAUGAAGCAACCAGUUCAGGAACAGACACUCACACCACCUGGUAAGGUCAUCACCUUGCUGUCCCGAAACCCGGACUGUCUGAGGACUCAACCCGCACAGAUCCACACAACCUUCUCUCCGCCUUCCAAUACCUCAGGUUUCAGGAAUUUAUCCCGUCCCCUUGUCUUUAGUGGUCCCUUGGGGUCUGUGACAACCAGCUGUGAUGGGGCGGUCUUUGCUGUUCCCACUAUGCUGCCUCCUAACAGCCGGCACACUAAGAUUUCCUCUCCAAGCAAAGAGACUGAGGCGACAGGCCGCCAGCAAUUGGACACUAUUAGUCCUGAUUUCUUCUUGCCGAAGGCCAAGAAGCCAAGGAGCAGACACCUUCGGAAACCCUUAGUUGUCCAGAGAACUCUCCUCCCACGGCCUUCUGGCAGCUCCUUGCCACACGUCUGCUCCUUCUCAAUUCUCUCAAACUCAACAGUAGCAGGAAGAGGCUCCUUUCGGCCAAUCCAUUCCACCCUUGGUAAAGCUAUCUCCCAGCCAAUUGUGCCCAAAGGGUUGACGGCUUCAACUAGCAACAACAAUUCCUUAUCUAGUGCUAUUGACUUGGCUGCUAAAAGUGCUGGUAUAAUCCCAGGUCCUUCGUUACCAGUUCUUGAAACUGAUGGCUUAGUGGGAAUCGGCCCCUUGCCCUCAGAUGGUUUGACUGGCACGGAGCCUAAUGUAGAAGGUACAAGCAGUGACCCUGUAUCAUCAGUGACUGUGUGUCCUGAGGUUCCUUUCAUUGCUCUUACUACACCCCCAGUGCAAGAGUCAGCCCAGCCAUUUCAGCCAUCAUCCAUCUUGUCCAUACCUCACAUUUCCCAGAGUCCACUAGAGAAUGGCCCUGCAGAAUCAUCCAGUUGCACGCCCAGUAGCUCCUGCCUGUCUCCUCCAAAUGUCUCCUCUUUGCUGGAUAUCUCCCUGCCUGGCCCUCCUGAUGAUGUCCUCUCACAUGGAGAACCUGCGACACACAUUAGUGAUUCCAUCAUUGAAAUAGCCAUAAGCUCUGGACAGUAUGGUGAAGCUGUACCCAUGUCACCGGCCAAGCUAGGUGAGAACUCGAAGAGUCUUCCUUCCCCGUUGUCCAGUCCUCAGCAGAACUGGAUUGCCUCCCCCAGUCACGACCCUCAGUGGUAUCCCAAUGACUCUACUGACUCCUCACUCAGCAGCCUAUUUUCAAGCUUCAUUUCUCCAGACAAGAGUAAGAAGAUGGCUCCAACCGCCACAGGAAAUGCCAGCGGCACAUCUCUGCUGGGCCCCAGUUUGCUGGAUGGAAGUUCUAGAGAUUCCUUUGUGUCCCGUUCUUUGUCGGAUGUUGAGGUUGUCGAUUCACAUCUGGCCUGCCUGAUGAACGAAAACAGUAUAGAUUACAUCUCGCGCUUCAACGACUUGGCCCAAGAGCUUUCUGCUACGGAUGCUGUGCGCCGCGAAACUUUGUUUGAAGCUGGGACCACUGGGAAUGAACAGCCCAUCCGGGACUUAUCGUAACAUUUUGAUCUGUCCUUAGAGUUGAACAAUCGGGAGAAUUCGGCCUCCAUAACAGCAGCUACAAUAAAAAGGAUAGAAUCUCUUGUACCAUUCAGGUGUAUUGGUCUAUAUAGGCCUGUACAGCUCCAUUGGCUAUAGAUAAUAAGCGUUGUUUUAUAAUGCAGUAUUUACACUUCACGGGACUUAGUCACAGCACGUGACGGCUUUGUUUUGUCAUCUGUGAUGGCAGUUCAGGAUGUACAGUAAGCUGACUGCAUAGUAAGCUCUGAAAUUGUUUGAUUACCAUCGUCUCUGUAUAUGUGACGGUAACCAAACUUCUGCAGUGACGGCGUAAUGAAGCCGCUGUGUACAUAGGAAGCUGUUUUUUUUUGUUUAUUUUCUGGCGACUCCUGUCAGGCCUGUUCUGGAUCACCACUCCUGUGGAACACACAAAUGGGAGAAAUCUCUGCAGAAAAUAUAAGCCAUAAUGAACUUCAUCCAAAAACAGAUGGGCUUCAUGCAAAAAUAUGCAAUUUCUUUGUGUCUCGUGUGCUAUGGACUUUUUGUUUUCUACUUAUCGAAGAAAAAAGUCAAAAGAAAAGAAUACACUUCUCGCAUUGUACAUUGGAUUAGAAACCCUCAGUGCUCAUGAAAAUAACUUUCUCAUUCAUUGAGAGACACAGGGCAUGUUAAUCUUUGGGUUAUUCUGCCACCUACAGGAGGAUUGGACACUGGCGA